GCUUUUCUGCUUGGACUGAGAUGACAGCUGAUGUCAGUACCUGAGAAGGAAGGGGAAACUGAUGCCGCCGAACGUUGUUUUGCUGGAAUCUAUUAUAUUGCAUGCUUGAGAAUAGUCUGAUAUAAAGCAUAAUGAAACUGGAUGUCCGAAAACACUCCUUAAAUCGUCGGUAAAUGUACUAGUGGAACUGAAGCAUUUACUAGACUACAUGAUGUCACUCUAAAGACUACUUGCUCAUGCACUGCCACUCUGUUACCAUGGCCUUAAGUGCCUUGCUGCACAGUUCCCUGUCUCUGUACUACUGUACUGACAGGUUUUCACCUUCUCCCACCAUCAGAAUGGCAUUGAUAGGGAUGACUCCAAAGGCUGAUCCCAAAUGGGGAUGACUGCUCAGGCCCCGAGUUUCGCUAGAUGAUUUGUACCUUUCCACCUUUACUCUAUACACUAAAUAUGUUAUGUGUGCUUUUAAAUCUUAGAAAAGAAAAAAAGCGUGUGAGGCCCAUGGAAGAUAGGAAACCUGGAAAACUUACAGAUUGGAAGAGACUAAGGAAAAAUAGCUAAAUGCAAUUUAGGAUCCUAUAUCAGAGAAAGAAUGUUACUGAAAAAUCACAAGAUGUGACUAAUUUGGGUUCAUCGCACCGAUGUUCAUGUCCUGGUUUUGAUAAUUGUACCAUGGUUAUAUGAAAUAUUAACAUUCGGUAAGCAGGGUGAAUAGUAUCCAGGAAUUAAGCAUGUAUUUCUUUUGCAACUUUUCUAUAAUUCUAAAAUUAGUGCAAAUUUAAAUAUUUUAAUAGAAAAGUAAACACUAGAAACCUUUUAUUUAUUCAUUUAUUAAAUAUUUAUUUAGUCCCUAUUAACUGCUGGGCCCUGGGCAUUGAAAAUAGAAGGGUAAAAAAAUCAGACAGGAUUCCUGACUUUAUGAAGAUGUUUAAAGAUGGCUUGCUGAAUGGAUAAUUACAGCGAUAAAAACUGACACUUGAAAAACUGGUAAUUGAGGGAUCUCACCUGAUCUAUGAUAUCAGAAUCUUUCCUGAUUUAAUCUGAGACUUGAAAAAUGAGUAGAUGGCAUAAAAAUAUUUUCAAACUUAACAUAUGAGGUUUUAUCUGGGAUUCACAAUGGACAUUAAAUCUUCCUAUCAAGAUUUGUAGCAAAAAAAAAAAACAAACUUAUUUAACUUUGUUGAAGCCAGUAUUUUCCAAAUUUGAUAUGCUCUCUUUUUGUGAGUAACAGGCAGUGAGAUACUAUUUAGAACUCUUUAGAAACGUCACCUGUUUUCUUCAUGAUUAGUAGCAAAUGAGUGCAUUUCACUCUGUGGCUGUAAUGUCUGUUUUUCCCUCUUAAGGGGAAGAAACUGCUCUUUGUGAAAGAGCAGGACAAGGAUGAGGCAAAGGUAGGACUGAGGUUGUAUAUCUUAAGAGUCAGAUCAUCUGUACUUCCCUGCUUUUUGUAAUGUGCAAAUCAGAAAUUCUGAGUGUGCUUCUGAUUCUUAAAGAUUGCCACACCUAGCUGUGCUCUGUUUUUAUGAAUGAAUAGUUUGCACUUCUCUUUUCAGACUCCUUACGUCCUUAGCUAAGACUACUGAGUUUCUUCUGUGACUCUGAUAGGUGUUGUAGGUGCUUGAUCUGCAACUGUAUCUCACAAGAUCCUACCAAGGGACAGAUAUGAGUAUCAUAGCAAAGUCCCCACAUAUGGUUGAGUAAUAUCUACCUUCAGGAGCCCCUGCAUCUCAGCUCUGCAUGAACAAGGCAAGAUCCCAAGGGUGGGUGUUGCUAAGAAUCAAAAAUCAUUGACUCCUGAUUCUCAAUCACCUCAGAGUGGCGUUACUCAUACGUAAUGUCCCUAAAGUCAUUUUUAAGGACAGGCUAGGAUACUGAAACUGUUGGCACUGGUGCAUCUCCUGACUGGAGAGGCUGUUCCAGAGGAGUCAUCAUCCAGGAGUUGCAAAGAGGUGCAGUAGUAGCCCUGGUGAGAAUGGAACACAGAUACCUGAAGGAAGGAGAAUACAACCUCCCUUGUAUACUCAGAGGCCUCCUGAGAGCAGAGGAGCAGGUCUCUGUAGUUUGGGCUGAAUUUAACCCUUGGGGAGAUCAAGAUAAGACAGGCCCUCAAUGUGUGUUUUCUGCAUCACCUCAUCUAUUUCACAUCCACAGUUAGAAUCACUUGGCACUGUCAGAAUUUUGAAUGCUGUUGCCUAUCAUCAAGGAUGCAAAUAACAGUAAUUGCUGGCAAGGAUGUGGGGAAAAGGCUACAGAGGAGAGGAAAAGGGAAGGUACUAGGGAAUGAGACUGAUCAAGUUAUGUUAUACACAUGCACAAAUAUGACAUAAUAAACCCCACUAAUUUGUAUAAUUAUAAUGCAUCAAUAAACAAAUAAGGUUUUUAAAAAACUGCUGCCCAGGCCUCCUGCAGACCACUGGGUUUCUGGAUCUGUGAGAGCAGGAGCUGGGCACUGGCAUCCUGUUAAAUGUCUCCAAGUGUGUAGUUGGGGUCAAGAACCACUGAGCUCCCCACCUGCCACACAAGAGUGCCAGCCUCCAUCCUUUCCCUCCUUCCCAGUGGCUGUGUGCCAGAGGAAGGAAGUCCUGUGUCGAGUUCCCCAGGGUCAUGGAGGAGCAGGGAUACCAGGGUCCAGCUGUUGUUGAGGUCUUCUCUAUGAGCUGUCUGCCAUCCCAACACAAAGGCCCCAAGGUUUAAAUUUAGCCCCAGUAUUAUAUAUUAACAGGGUGGUUCUACUCUUUUCCCAGUGAUGCCCUCUCUGAAGGCUGUGCUUUCCCAGGAGGGGUGUGGGGAUGAGGAAGUGAACUAUGGAUCACAGACAGUCAGGUCCCAGGACGUGGCCGUGAACUUCACCAGAGAUGAGUGGGAGCGGCUGUACCCUGCUCAGAAGAACCUCUACCGGGACGUGAUGCUGGAGAACUACAGGAACCUGGUGGCUCUGGGGCAUCAGCUUUAUAAGCCAGAGGUGAUCACUCAGUUGGAGCAAGAGGAGCUGCGGUUAACAGAAAGAGAUGGCCCCCUGGAAACCCCUCCAGAUGCAGAGAACAUACCUGAAGUAAAAAAGUCACCUCUAAACCAGAGUAUUUCUGAUGAAAACCAAACCCAGGACAUGAUCAUGCAAAGACUAACAAGAGACAGUUUCUGGUACUCCAUCUUAGGAGGGCUCUGGGAUUUUGAUUAUCACUUAGAGUUGAACCAAGAAAACCAGCAGAGAUAUUUGGGACCAGUAUCUCUCAUCCACCAAAAGCUCCCACAGGAGAGAAACAGCGAAUGUAGGAGAUCAGAGGACAAUUAUGGUCAGAGAAAUCCUUCUCUUCAAAUACCCCUUUAUUAUGGUGCACAAGGAAAUAGCCUCAGACUUGGCUCAGACUUGAUCUGCUAUCAGGGAAACCCUGUGAGAGAGAACCCCUGUGAAUUUAACGAGUGUGGAAGAACCUUCGGUCAACAUAUUCUUCUUCCUAGUAAUGCAUGUGCCACGGAAAACCCCAGGGAACAUGGAAAGGCCUUUAGCCACAACUUGCCUCUCGGCCAGCCUCAGCCAGUGUUGAUGGGAGAGAAGCCCUACAAGUGUGAUGACUGUGGGAAGAGAUUCAGCCAGAGAAUACACCUCAUUCAACAUCAGAGAAUUCACACGGGGGAAAAGCCUUUUACGUGCCAUGAGUGUGGGAAAGCCUUCCGGCAGCAUUCCUCCUUCACCCAACAUCUGAGGAUCCACACUGGAGAGAAACCCUAUAAGUGCAAUCAGUGCGGCAAGGCCUUCAGCCGCAUCACGUCUCUCACCGAGCACCAUAGACUUCACACGGGAGAGAAACCCUAUCAGUGCAGCUUCUGCGGGAAAACCUUCAGCCAGAGGACGCAUCUCAACCAGCACGAGAGGACCCAUACUGGAGAGCGGCCUUACAAAUGUCCUGAGUGUGGGAAAGCCUUCAGCCAGAGCGCACACCUGAACCAGCACAGGAAAACCCACACCCGUGGGAAGGUGCAGGAGUGCAAGUGUGGGCGGGCCUUCCGCCACCAUGCGUCACUCUGCAGCACAUGAUUGUGCUGGGGAAUGAUCCAGUGACUCAAAUUAUUCACAGUGGAUAAAAAGCUUAUAAAUAAACCUUUAAUGCAUAAAAACCAAAUAAAACCUUAAACUGGUAGCCUAUUACAUUCCGAAGAAGCAUAAUGGGUUAUUUUAUAGAAAAUUUGAGUCAUGUUCCAAGUCUAAUUUAACAUGUUUUAAAAAUAUAAGCAGAAGUCUUAUAAGCUAUAAGCUAUCAUCAUUCACCUCUAAGUUCUAUGCUACAAAACCUGUUAACCAAGGCAUGCUAUAGUAUACAUCAUCAAACCAAAUAAACAUGAAAAUAAUGCCCCUCAA